CGCAGGGCUCUGCUCUUUGCGUGAACCCCCACCCUGUCUCCUCCCGAGCCACCCACGGGUUCGAGGGCAACCUGCUGGUAGAGGCCUGGAGGGACAGGAGACAGAUGUCGCUUGGGCUUCUUCUUUUGGCCCCUUUCGGCCUGAGAUCCCCCCACCCCCUGCCUCUCCUGCCCGACCCUGCCUGGCCACCACGAACGGGACGUGGGGAGGGUAGGCGCCAGGCGGUGACAGCGGCCACACAGUGGCUCCACCCUGUGCUGGCGCUUGCUAGCUUGGCUGGAACCUCAGUCCCCCUAUCUGUAAGAUGCUGGGGGACAGCUUCCCAGCUGCCUCAUGGCCCUGGUGACCACAGCCCCGCCGUUAGACAAACAAGGGCCAGCAGCCUCCAUUUGGCCAUCCUGGUCCCAGCCGAGGUGACAAACUGCAGCCUCAGAGAAGCUGCUGCUCCGACGCGGGUAUGCUUGGCCAGCACAGCGCCAGGGCAGAGAGGACAUCGUCCUGCAGGCCACCUACAAAGAUCCCACGGUGCACAGGGUUCAGUCCCUGUCCCCAGACACCUGGAUUUCAUAAAGGAAAAGAGUGAAGUAAAACUAAAUUGUACGCAAGGGCCUGAGUUCAAUCCCCGAUUCCGAAGGAAAAAAAAAAAAAAAAAAGUAAAGCAGAUGGUGUGGUGCCGCCUGUCAUCCUGACACUCAGGAGGCAGAAGGCUGGCAUUGAGCGCCAGGCCAGCCUCGGCUAAGUAGCGGGACUCUGUCUCAAAAAAAAAAAAAAAAAAAAAAAAAAAAAAAAAAGACGAAUUACAUAACAAGAUUCCUCGGCGGUGUCUCAGCUUCCCUUACGGAAACCCAGCAAGGACAAACGCUGGAUGGGGGCGGGGUCUGCGCGAUCCCGAAGCAGUGGGCGAGCGGGCUUUCAGUCCGGUGGGAGUGUUCUUCCACGCUCCUUUGCUGGGUGCCAUGGUAACCCUUUAGGCGCCGGCCAGGUGGUCCAGGUGCCGGCGACGACAGACUCGCACAGCGUGGCCUGCCCGGGGCUCUUGGGCGCCAGCCAGGUGUCCACAGGCCCACAGGCUGAGGACGCCCCAGAGUGCAGCCAAGCCUCCGAAGCCCCCGGCAAGAGCCCCAAGCACGCCACAAGGCAGUCAUCCAUCUCCUACAACCGUGCAGAGGAGGAGCUGAUGGCCAGCAUUGAGCGGGAGUACAGCUGCUGAGGCUAUUCGUGGUGGCUGUCCUGGUCAUUGCCUGUGCCCAGCCGGGGAUUGGUGGAGUGCGGCCACCUCCUGAAGACUUGCUUUGAGCUCCAAUCGACCUGUGCAGAUUCAUACUCCCAUAGCAGCUAAUGGCCCUGGGGACAGGUGUGUGGCCCUGUGUCAUCAGGAGCCAGGGACUCACUUCUGUCACCACUCUCCAGGGGAUGCAGGCUUCUGAGGCCAGGGCUGUGGUCAUGUGCUGCCACAGCCUUCAGGGCAGCUUUUGCUGAAGCCUGCAUCCUCCAGAGGUUGACUUUCCUGGCAGCGACCAGGACACAAAGCCAUUGGCCAGAUGUCCCUUCCCCAUGGCCUCAGUGACCACCAGCAGUCCUGCACACCAUGAACUUCUGUGAAUAGGAAGAAUGGCUUCAAUCAAAGCUCCCAGGGCUUCUGGGCCCAAAGCACCCAUUCUAAUAAAAAAAAAGCCACUGCUAUUUUAACACAAGCACUAACUUUGAAGGAAUUGAAAAAAAUAAAAAUAAGUAAAAGAAGUUACAUUUUUAUUUCUUAAACCAGGUAUGGAGCCAGGCAUGGCAGUGCAUGCCUGUAAUCCCAUAUAUAGUUAGUUCAGGUGCAGCCUGACUGUACAGCAAGACCCUGUCUCAAAGCCACUAGGCAUGAUGAUGCACACCUGUGAUCCUAGCACUGGGAUGGCUGAGACAGUAAGAUUACUGAGAGUUCAAAGUCAGUGUGGACCAGAUUGCAAGACCCUGGCUCAAAAUAACAGAGUAAGAUAAAGCAGGUGACCAUUUUAUUUCUUACUCCAGAGGAAUCAGGCUUUGAACUUGAUGUAAACGUCUGCAUUGUGACGUCACUGUUAAAACAGGACACCUGAGGCCAGCCUCCUACAGGACUCCUACAACGCUGCCUGGGACAGGUUGAGAGAUGCCCUCCUGGUAGGGUCACCAUGGGGAGUGGCACUGCAUGUUUUCAGAGAUUUGGGGGUUUUGUCUUUUUUGUAGCAGGGGACUGAGCCCAGGGCAUUUUCAUUGGGCUACAUCCUUUUUUUAAAAUUUUGAGACAAGGAGUUACUAAACUCCCAGGUUGGGCUCAUGCAUGUGAUUCUCCUGACCCAGCCUCCCAGAGUGCUGGGACCAUAGGUGGCUGACCUGGUGCUCCUGGUGCUCUCACAGGGGCUGCUAAACAGGCUAAGGGGCCCCAGAGAAGCAGUGAAGCAGGGAGGGCUGGCAGAGGUCCAAGUGACAUGAUGGCGGCCAGGUCAGUGACAGUGAUUGCAGGGAGCAGCACUUAGGCCCCUGGAUGUUCUUAAAGGAACCAGGGUCUGACACACUGGAUGUGUGGAGGGCUCUGAGGCCCAAAAUCUCAGCCUGAACCAGCAGGGCAUAUGAGGUGAAGGGCAGCAGGGCAGCAUGGGAGGACCUAGCCUGAGUCUUAGGUGCUGACUGGAAAGAUGUCAAGUGGACAGUCAGGGCAACCAGGGCCAGUGGUGCACUCUUAUAAUCCCAGCACUUGGGAGGUUGCAGCAGGAGGGUAGAAAGCUCAAGCCCAGUCUAGACUACACAGUAAGACCCUGUCUUAAAAAGGAGCAAACCAAUUUGGGACCCCUCCUGUCUCAGGAGCUAUUUAUAUCCCCAAUUCCUAUUCCCCAACAAAUUUCCCUACUUUUUAAAAAUAAUAAA